AUGCCGUCUCUCAACAUCACCCCAGAGCAGUUCUCCCGGCUGCUGCGGGACCACAACCUGACCCGCGAGCGCUUCGUCGCGCUGUACGGGCUGCGGCCGCUGGUGUGGGUCCCCGAGCUCCCGCCGCGCGCCAGGCUGGCCCUCGCGCUGGCCGGCGGGCUCGCCUUCGCGCUGGCGCUGUCGGGCAACGCGCUGGUGGUCUACGUGGUGGCGCGCAGCAAGGCCAUGCACUCGGCCGCCAACCUCUUCAUCUGCUCCCUGGCGCUCAGCGACCUGCUCAUCGCCUUCUUCUGCAUCCCGGUCACCACGCUCCAGAACGUCUCCGACACCUGGCUGGGGGGUGCCUUCGUCUGCAAGAUGGUGCCCUUCGCCCAGUGCACGGCCGUGGUGACCGAGACCCUCACCUUGACCUGCAUCGCCGUGGAGCGGCACCGCGGGCUCGUGCACCCCUUCAGGAUGAAGUGGCGGUGCACCAACCGCAGGGCGUUCACCAUGCUAGGUGUGGUCUGGCUGGUGGCUGUCAUCGUGGGGUCCCCCAUGUGGCACGUGCAGCGACUUGAGGUGAAGUAUGACUUCUUGUACGAGAAACAACACAUCUGCUGCCUGGAGGAGUGGACCAGCCCCGUGCACCAGAAAGUCUACACCACCUUCAUCCUCGUCAUCCUCUUCCUGCUGCCUCUGCUGGUGAUGCUCAGCCUGUACAGCAAAAUCGGCUAUGAACUCUGGAUCGCUAAGAGAGUGGGGGACAGCUCGGUGCUUCGGACCAUUCAUGGGAAAGAGAUGUCCAAGAUUGCCAGGAAGAAGAAGCGCGCCGUGGUCAUGAUGGUGACAGUGGUGGCUCUCUUCGCCGUGUGCUGGGCGCCCUUCCACGUCGUGCACAUGAUGAUGGAGUACAGCAAUUUUGAACAGGAGCACGACGAGGUCACAAUCAAGAUGAUUUUUGCCAUUGUGCAAAUCAUUGGCUUUUCCAACUCCAUCUGCAACCCCAUCGUUUACGCAUUUAUGAACGAAAACUUCAAAAAGAACUUUCUGUCUGCUGUUUGCUGUUGCGUCGUGAGAGAAACCCCGUCCCCCGCACGAAGGCGUGGCAAUUCGGGGUUGGCGAUGACCCAGAAGAAAGCCGGGCUCUGCCCGAGACAGAACCCGGGCGAGGAGACCAAGGGCGAGGCCUUCAGGGACGGCAACGUCGAAGUCAAGCUGUGUGACCAGCCAGAGGAGAAAAAGUACCUCAAGUGA